UGAUGUUUCAUGAGACAUUUAUUGUAAAAGAGCACUUUAUUAUUAAUAUUUAAAAUGAACUUUUUAUGUAACAAUAAUUAAUACUUACUAUAAAAUAAUUCAAACCAUACUAAAAAACCUAAAGAAAAAGUAAAGGUCCAUUCCUCACUGCCCACUCUUCUCACCUUUCUCAGAUAUGUUUUGAUGAUUUGUUUUCCAGACUUUUUUCUGUGCCUAUGCAAAUAUAUAGUCAUGCAUUACUUAAUGAUGGAUUCAUUCUGAAAACUAUAUCAUUAGAUGAUUUCACCGUUGUUUGAAUAUCAAAGAGGGUACUUGCACAAACCGAGAUGGUACAGCCUCCUACACACCUAGGCUAUACGGUAUGGCCUACUGCUCCUAGGCUACAAAUCUGUACAGCGUCUUACUACACCUGUAGACAACUGUAACACAGUGGUAUCUGUAUAUCUAAACACAGAAGAGGUACAGUAAAAAUGAGGUAUUAUAAUCUUGUGGGACCACUGUUGUAUAUGUUGUCCAUGAUUGACUAAAACAUUAUGCAGUGUAUGACUGUAUAUUGUUUAAGAAUGUUGAGCAUUUGAUGUGUCUAAUUUUUUGCUAUUAUAAAUAAUGCUGCCCAGGUGUGGUGGCACACGCCUGUAAUCCCAGCAUUUUGGUGGGCCGAAGUGGGUGGAUCGCUUGGGCCCAGGAGUUGGAGACCAGCCUGGCCAACAUGGCCAAACCCCGUCUCCACUAAAAAUACAAAAAUUAGCUGGGCAUGGAUGCCUGCAAUCCCAGCUGAGGCAGGUGAACUGCUUGAACCCAGGAAGUGGAGGUUGCAGUGAGCCGAGAUUACACCACAGCACUCCAGCCUGGGUAACAGAGGGAGAUUCAGUCAAAAAAAAAAAAAAAUGAAUUAAUCAAUAAGUAAACAAAGCUGAAAUAAAUACUCUUGGUUCCCAUGUCUUUAGCAACUCUGUGACUGCUUCUGUAGGAUAAAUUCCUAAAAGUUGAAUCACUGGGCCAAAAGAUUCAAAAUAGCACAGAAAGGAAUAUAAUUAAAAAGUGCUUUUCUACCUCCUUCCAACUUCCAAUCCCCUUUUCCUGAGGAAGCCACUGUCAUCUUGCAUAUCAUCAUGCAAAAUGCUUACAUAGGUAUGUUCAUUCUGUUUUGAUACACUGUCAAUCUGUCCUUCAAGAGGACCUUUUUCCUAACCUAUUUUAUGUCUAACUUUAAUGUUCCUGGUGGCUCUUCAAUUUUAGAGCCUUCAUUGUUUUCAGGUCCCAAUGGCAUCACUGAUCAACAUGCCUCUUCAGAGAGCUUCCCCCAAAGGCUGUUCAGCAAGGAAUCUCCAGGGAUUUAAAUACAUUUCUGGGAAAAGAUUUAAAAAGGCAGUAAUUUGAGCAUAAAAUGAUUUCUUAUAAUUCCACUCUAAAGCAAACUUACAAUUUUAACAUUUAAAUCUGUAAUGUUCCACUUUUCUUUUGCUUUUUUUUCUCCUUCCCUCUUAUGAAUGCUAUAUUCCAAACUGUACUAGUAACUCUUGUGCCCUUUUAGCUCUCUUUUUUUCCACGAAUUUGUGUGUCAUCACUGCACAGCGGUCAUGGUAAUCUUCUCUGUAUCGUUCCAAUUUUUAGUAUAUGUGCUGCUGAAGCAAGCACCUUUUAGCUCUGCUGCUUCUCUUCUCUAACUAGAAUGCAUCCCCUCCUUGAUUUCAGUUAAUUCGGCAAAGUGCUUGACUAAAUUAUUGAACAACUUUUCUCUCCAAUCUUAGCCCUUGUAAAAUAAGAAUAAUGCCUAGAGGUUAUAUGUACGACAUACAUAUUUUUGGAGCUGGUGAUUAGGUGGGGGCUUCCAGAGCCUAAUAUUUUCAGUGGUCUGUCUCUGGACAUUUAUACCAAGAUCUAAUGUUAACAGCAAAAAGAUUUUUUAAAAAUUAAGACCGGUUUAUCGCGCUCUCAGUGCAAACUCGGCUCACAAGUUACGAAAGCUAACACAGUUACGGAAGCGAGUUUUGAGAACUCGCGCAGUGUGCCACCGUUCUCCAAGGGACGGUAACUUGAGUGUCCGCAGGGGUGGGGACACAACUGCUUCUACCAGGCGGAGAGUAAAUGCAGGUGCCGCGGCCCAUCGGAGUAAUCCACAAGGUUCUCCGAGAGCCCCGCCUCCAGGCAUUUAGACCGUGGUCGCAGCCGUCGCAGCCUCUUCUCACCGACCCUCCCACCUCCCUCUGGGUUCUACGCUCCCGGAUUCGUUAGGCUGCAGCUCGCUGCAGAACAGCGACACAACGCCGAGAGGCUUAAGGUCCGCAAAGGAGGAAAGCGAACACACCCGCCGCCAUUCUGUUUUUCUCUUCGAGACAGAGUCUCACUCUGUCACCCAGGCUGAGUGCAGUGACGUGAUCACGGUUCACUGCAGCCGCGACCUCCUUAGAUGUGCGAUAGCUGAUACAGCCUCUGGAGAAGCUGGGACUACAGGAGCGCGCCACCACGCCGGGCGAAUUUAUUUUUUAUUUUUUUGCAGAGACGGGGGUAGUCUCACUAUGUUGCCCAGGCUGGCGUCGAGCUGGACGCAGGAGAACUUCCCGCCUCGGCCUCCGAAAGUGCUGUGAUUAGAAGAAUGAGCCGCAGCGUCCGCCCCUGCGCAGCCAUUCUAGCCAGCGUUAUCGAUGGCAAGCGGCCGCAGCUCUCCGCUUUUUGCCCCGCCUUUUCCUCUUGCGAUCUGUUUCCACUUCCGGUUCUGGAGUUCCGGCUCUGCCAUGAAGAGCUAUGCAUUGUGGGAGUUCCUUCCUUUCUCGCUCUCCGGCCAUCUUAGCGUCUGCUCUUGGUUGGGGGCCGUCCCGCACCUAAGGCAGGAAGAUGGUGGCCGCAAAGAAGACGAAAAAGUCGCUGGAGUCGAUCAACUCUAGGCUCCAACUCGUUAUGAAAAGUGGAAAGUACGUGCUGGGGUACAAGCAGACUCUGAAGAUGAUCAGACAAGGCAAAGCGAAAUUGGUCAUUCUCGCUAACAACUGCCCAGCUUUGAGGAAAUCCGAAAUAGAGUACUAUGCUAUGUUAGCCAAAACUGGUGUCCAUCACUAUAGUGGCAAUAAUAUUGAACUGGGCACAGCAUGUGGAAAAUACUACAGAGUGUGCACACUGGCUAUCAUUGAUCCAGGUGAUUCUGACAUCAUUAGAAGCAUGCCAGAACAGACUGGUGAAAAGUAAACCUUGCAAAAUUUUCCUUUAAUAAAAUUUUUCCGAGCUUGUUUUAAAAACACUGUA